UCGGACCAGAGCGCAUAUAUAUCUCGGUCUGCUGUUUUCUAAAUCUGUGGCUCAGAAAAAGGUGACUGCGUAAUAGUGUUGCUCACAUAAAAAAUGUAAAUGGUCAUAGGUUACUGGUAGGUCAUAUAGUAGGCUACAUUGAUGUUUCGCCAUACAAUGCGGAUUUAGCAUUUCAUUGUUGUUUUAUUAUUAUCUUUCUAUUUCACGGCCAGUGUUCAGAUCCCAGAGUUAGAUAAUUGGAAGUGAUGUGACCUCACAGCACUGAACAGGGUGAUGCAAUGGCAAGAAAUGUUAAAAGAAUGUUGGAGGCACUUGGAUGGAGGCAACAUAGGUUCUCUGGUGAAAAUCUCUACAACGGUUAUUUUAUGUUCAGAUGGGAUGCUGGUAGGUUGACAGUUCUGAGAUGAUUUUCAAGGUAGUCCUUUCAGGUGUUAGUGUGUUGUCAUGGUAGCGUGUUGGGGGUUUUCCCAACAUGUGACGCUUGGGGAUUUCCAUUAGUAGAAGAGAAUCACUGCAGAAAAUCGAACAAACAUGAGGAGCUGACAUCUUUCAGCAAGUAAACAGAGGAGUGGUAGUGGCCAUUACGCUAAACCGUGGUGUUUCCUUGAAACGGUUGGAGUGAGAAUUAAGGACGUAGAACGCGGACAACGUGGAUUCGUGGAGCGCUAAAGGCCAAAGAAUAACUCAAGCUAACGUCAUAAGUUUUAGUUAGAGUUUCCGGUCAAAUGAGCCCAUUACAGUGAGAGUGAGAGCGUUUGGAAAACAUCACAGAUCUGGUUCUUUCUACCAUGACAAACAUGAGUGUCCAUAACGGAACGCGCACAGGCAUAGAUAUAGACCUUGACAUAAUCCAGGAGUAUAUCGUGGAGGACACAUCGUUGAGACCGCAGUUCGUGCUACCUGGGCCUCCUCUGCCUCCUCCCCCUCCUCCCGACCCGGAUUCUGACAGUAGAACAUUGCAAAAACUUACAAGUCCCAAAAGGAACGCAGUGCUAGUACCCAGGGGUACAGCCUCCCAGCCCCUGCGGACCUUUCCUGAAAUCCAGAGCACAGUGCACCAUCCUAUGAGGAGUUCUAGGGGAUCCGCCCCCCGGUCCGGGUGUGGGCGUGGAGGGGCAGCGGCGGUGCAGCGGGCAGCCCGCUCGGACACAGAGCCACUGGAGCGCCUUCUGGACAAGCCGCAGCUGGUGGUGACGGAGCAGCCCAAAGAGAGAGGCAUGAGGUUCCGCUACGAGUGCGAGGGUCGCUCAGCUGGCAGCAUCCUUGGCACGAGCAGCAACGAGACCAACAAGACUCUGCCUGCUAUUGAGAUUCAAGGACCAAUUCAAGAGAUAAAGAAUGUCACAGUCACUGUUUCCCUAGUCACCAAGGACAUCCCUUACCGCCCACAUCCCCACUGCCUCGUGGGUAAAGACUGCUCUGAUGGCAUCUGUGUCAUUCACCUUAAUCCACACAACACCCGCCGACACAGUUUCGCCAAUUUGGGCAUUCAGUGUGUGCGUAGGAAAGAGCUUGAUCUCUCCCUAAAGAAGAGAAGGGAUCAAAAAAUUGAUCCAUUUAACACUGGCCAAUCUAAGAGCAUCGAAGAUAUGGACAUGAAUGUGGUCCGACUGUGUUUCCAAUGUGAACUGGAGAGGGAGGAUGGCGAGAGGAUCCAUCUGUCCCCAAUCGUCUCCAACCCCAUUUUCGACAAGAAGGCUACAACAACAUCAGAGCUGAAAAUAACUCGGCUGAAUAUCGUUAAGGGGCCAUGCACAGGGAAAACUGAGAUCUACAUGUUGUGUGACAAAGUCCAAAAAGAUGACAUAGAGAUCAUCUUUGGCCGGGGAUCAUGGGAGGCCAAGGCUGAGUUUGCGCAAACAGAUGUCCACCGACAGAUCGCCAUCGUCUUCAAGUCGCCCCCCUAUCAGGACCAGGACAUCUAUGAGGAGGUGGAUGUCAACGUCUUCCUCCGGCGUCUUUCAGACCGCAUGGACAGCGAACCCGUCAAGUUCACCUACACAGCACAUAAUCCAGAUCCUUAUGGGGUAAAUCGCAAAAGAAAAAUCAAGCCUGACAUCAAGUUCACUGAUGGGUGCAAUGCGAGAGCUGAGAGUGUGAUGGCAGAGCCUGCUGUACCUCGCGUCUUUGACUCCUACUCCUAUCCCCUGGAGAGUUCUGUUGGCAUGGUGACCCCAUCUCAAGAAGACUUACCAAUCCAGCCUGUUCAGGCCCUGGGAGACAUGUUUGCUGUUGACGAGCUGAAGCAAGAAGACCCCAUAGAGACUCUGGAUCCAGACACCAUGAACAUGCUCUCUUCAAUCAUACAGAUGCUUGAAGAUAGCGGCAGCGCUAGCUUUGGCUUGCCUGCGGCCAACCAGGACGAAAACUCUAACUUUAGGGAUGUAGACUCUUUUCUUAUGGAGGAUCCGUCCGCAAUGAACAUGAGUAUUUACACAGACAUGCAGUUCAAUCAGAUGGUCAGUGGUGGCCACCAUGCUGUUGCCCCCUCUGUUCUUGAUUUGAUUGAGCAGGGCCUCGCAGAAGGUCACGGUCUUCCCCAGGUGAAGACGGAAAAAGACGGUGACGUCUGAUGCCCCUCAGCCCCCCCCACUGUCCAUCCCUCACAGGUCAUUGCAUCACUUAGGCCCCUUUUGCAGAGAUGUUUCAGACAUUAAGGCCUUGGAGAGGAAAUGGAUGUAGCUCUUAGUCGGGUAUCGCUGGCCGAACCCAGUAUCACUGUCCGUCCUGAACUUUGUGAAUAGCAUGCUAUGCAUUAUUGUCCUCGGCUGCUCCACUGAAAAACACUGAUUCUCUGUACAGCUAAAUGGACAGUUAGUACAUAUAUGGUUGGCCAGUCAGGACCAAUUUAUCGUGAAAAAGGUAUGGUCUUGUUUUCCUUGUCAAAUAUGUCUUUAAUUUCUUUGUUGAUGUUUGCUUUGUCGAGGGUCCAGACAUUUUGUACAUAUUCUGGUUGACCAAAUUCAAAUGUUACAUUAAAAUAACAGCCCUACUGCCACAAGUGGAAGAAAAUGAAGAUGUUCAUACUAUUAUUACUGUAGUAGUUAUCGACGGGAUGGACCACACAGACCACUGAAUUAAUUUCCAAUAAUACAGCCUUAUCUUUGACUGAGAACCCUAGUGAAUUCUGGUAACAUGAAUUCCUUUCUAGCAUUUCUGUCAGUGUGUAUAGAUGUUUUAGUCAUGUGGACCAUUAAUGUUUUACAAGUGUGCCCUGUGUGUCUUUUGGUUAACAUUAAAACUGUUGUAUAGA